CCCACCCAUCCCCAGAGUAUGGGGGUUAGUGACCCAUCUCAUGACACCUAAGUGAUUAGAGCUACGUGACCUCUGGAGGUCUUGGACUCCUUUCCCCUCUCCUGCAGCGUCUUGGGACCCUGACAUUUUAACCCUUCCAGCACCACUCCCCCCAAAAAUCCCAUAUUCUGCAGACCGGAGACGCAUUGAGGACUUCAACUCCCAGCAGCCCUUGCAGCUCUGAUCAGUCACCAGCCCCCCUUCUUGCCACCUGGCAAGCGUGGAGACCGGUCCGCAGCGGCUAGGCUCGUCCACCCUGCAAUCCCCAAUGGGCUACCGCCCCCCGCCGCCUCGGCUGCCACCCAGGACAAGGCAGGGGUAAGCACAGCUCUGCCCACCCCACUCUUAAGUGUAGGAUCACGUGGCCACUAUGUCUGGGGACUAUGAAGAUGACCUCUGUCGGCGGGCCCUCAUCCUGGUCUCAGACCUCUGUGCACGGGUCCGAGAUGCGGAUACCAAUGACAGGUGUCAAGAGUUCAACGAACUGCGGAUCAGAGGAUACCCCCGGGGUCCAGAUGCAGAUAUUUCCGUGAGCCUGCUGUCAGUCAUCGUGACAUUCUGUGGCAUCGUCCUCUUGGGUGUCUCCCUCUUCGUGUCCUGGAAGUUGUGCUGGGUGCCCUGGAGGGACAAAGGAGGCUCAGCAGUGGGUGGUGGCCCCCUGCGCAAAGACUUAGCCCCUGGGGUUGGGCUGGCAGGCCUGGUAGGAGGUGGUGGGCACCACCUGGGAGCCAGCCUCGGUGGUCAUCCCCUGCUGGGUGGCCCACACCAUCAUGCGCACACAGCCCACCAUCCACCAUUUGCGGAGCUGCUGGAACCAGGUGGUCUUGGGGGCUCUGAGCCGCCAGAACCUUCCUACCUGGACAUGGACUCAUAUCCAGAGGCCGCUGUGGCCUCUGUGGUAGCUGCUGGAGUCAAACCAAGCCAGACAUCCCCUGAGCUGCCUUCUGAGGGUGGAACCGGUUCUGGGCUGCUCCUGCUGCCUCCCAGUGGUGGGGGCUUACCCAGUGCCCAGUCUCAUCAACAGGUCACAAGUCUAGCACCCACCACCAGGUACCCAGCCCUGCCUCGGCCCCUCACCCAGCAGACCCUGACCACCCAAGCAGACCCAAGCACUGAGGAGCGACCACCUGCACUGCCCUUACCUCUGCCGGGUGGAGAGGAAAAAGCCAAGCUCAUCGGUCAGAUCAAACCAGAGCUGUACCAGGGCACUGGACCUGGUGGUCGGCGAGGCGGGGGCUCAGGGGAAGCAGGGGCACCUUGUGGCCGCAUCAGUUUUGCCCUCCGGUACCUCUAUGGUUCUGACCAGCUCGUGGUGCGGAUCCUACAGGCCCUGGAUCUCCCAGCAAAGGACUCCAAUGGGUUCUCAGACCCCUACGUCAAGAUCUACCUGUUGCCUGAUCGCAAAAAGAAGUUCCAGACCAAGGUGCACAGGAAGACGUUGAACCCCAUCUUCAACGAGACGUUUCAGUUCUCGGUGCCCCUGGCCGAGCUGGCACAGCGCAAGCUGCACUUCAGUGUCUAUGACUUCGACCGCUUCUCGCGGCAUGAUCUCAUUGGCCAGGUGGUUUUGGACAACCUGCUGGAGCUGGCUGAACAGCCCCCUGACCGCCCGCUCUGGAGGGACAUCCUGGAGGGUGGCUCGGAAAAGGCAGAUCUCGGGGAGCUCAACUUCUCUCUCUGCUACCUCCCCACGGCUGGGCGCCUCACCGUGACCAUCAUCAAAGCCUCUAACCUCAAAGCAAUGGACCUCACUGGUUUCUCAGACCCCUAUGUGAAGGCCUCUCUGAUCAGCGAGGGGCGGCGUCUGAAGAAACGGAAGACCUCCAUUAAGAAGAACACACUGAACCCCACGUACAACGAGGCCCUGGUGUUCGACGUGGCUCCCGAGAGCGUAGAGAACGUGGGUCUCAGCAUCGCAGUGGUAGACUAUGACUGCAUCGGCCACAAUGAAGUGAUCGGGGUGUGCCGCGUGGGUCCUGAGGCUGCCGACCCACACGGCAGAGAACACUGGGCAGAGAUGCUGGCUAACCCGCGCAAGCCUGUGGAACACUGGCACCAGCUAGUGGAGGAGAAGACGCUGAGCAGCUUCACAAAGGGUGGCAAAGGACUGUCAGAGAAAGAGAACUCAGAGUGAGGGGAAGACACAGAGGAGGCAGGUCUGGUCAAGGCCUGGGGUUGGACCAGGCACCCUCAGGACCCAUCCCUUCCUGCCCGGACUGUGAACUCAUCUCCUCGAAGCCAUAAUGUCCGAGCGGCUGGUGCGGGGCUGCCUGGACCUGCCCCUCCUUCUCCUGGAGGUGUGAGGCUAGGAGGCAGCAGGCCCAGCUCCCUGUUUCAGGGUGGGAGGUCCUCGGCCUCCAUUGUCUCUCUUCUUAUCCCCAGAGUUCCCCCUAGAGGCAAGGGGCCAUGCAUGUCUGGGGACCCCUGCCCCCAGCCCUCUGUCUGUCUAUCUGUCUGUCUCUUUGCUGUUGUCCAAGUCUUGCUGUUCUGGCCUGUGUCCUCACUGUGAAUGUCGACAGACCAAUCCUUGAUGUCCCCUGAACAGACACACCCUCCAGUGUCCACCCCCUUCUGUCCCUCCAUCUGCGUCUGGCCAAUCCCCCCUCUGCCGCUGCUAUCAUCACCAGAAAUAAACACACUCUGUGAGUCUCAUCCCACCUGUCUCCCUGGGGCCAGGAGGUGUGCUGGAUCCUAAGAGUGUGUGUGACUAGG